UCACACUACUACGAGGAAACGAGUAAGAAAGAGAUACAGGAGGGAGGCGAUGGGUUUGUCACCUCACGUCGUGAUGGUGAGCCGACUUGUCGUGGACAACUUCUUCCGGGUCGUCGUCGCGGCGGCCGUCGUCGCUGCCGCCGUCGUAGGCAGGGCGUGCCCCAUUAUCAUUUGCCCCGAGGAGAUCCUGGAGAAGAUGCUGGCCCUGCCGCCUGCCCACGUCCUGACGGCGGUGAUCCUGGCGGCGGCCCUGGAGAAGAUGCGGCGCAUGCGGCGGACGCGGGACGUCUACCUCGUGGAGUACGGCUGCUUCCGGCCCAAGCCCUGCUACCGCACGCCCUUCGCCACGUGCCUGGAGCACGCGCACCUCAUGCCGUACCUCGUCGACGAGGAGAGCGUCGCCUUCGCGAUGCGGCUGCUGGAGCGCUCCGGGCUCGGCGAGGAGACAUGCGUGCCGGACGCCUACCACUACAUGCCCCCGGACCGCAGCCUCAGGGCGUCCCGGGACGAGGCCGAGCUGGUCAUCUUCGCCGCUGUCGACGACCUGUUCGCCAAGACGCCCGCGAUCAACCCCGCCGUCGACGUCGACGUGCUCGUCGUCAACUGCAGCAUCUUCACGCCCGUCCCGGUCUUCGCCGACAUGGUCGUCAACAAGUACCGGCUCCGCGCCGACGUCAAGGUCGUCAACCUGUCCGGGAUGGGCUGCAGCGCCGGGCUCGUCUCCGUCGGCCUCGCCAGCAAAAUCCUGCAGGCGGCGCCGGAAGGCACGCGCGUGCUCAUAGUGUCCACGGAGAUCCUGUCGUCGCAGUACUACGUGGGCACGGAGCGCGCCAUGCUGCUGCCAAACUGCCUCUUCCGCAUGGGCGCCGCCGCCAUGAUCCUCUCCAACUCCCCGACCCAGGCGAGGUUCCGCCUCCGUCGCGUGGUGCGCACCGUCACCGCCGCACGGGACGCCGACUACCGCUGCGUGUUCCAGGAGGAGGACGACAAGGGGAACACCGGCAUCCGCCUCUCCAAGGACCUCGCCACCACCGCAGGCUACGCGCUCAAGAACAACAUCGCGGCCUUCGGGCCCCUCGUCCUGCCGGCCACGGAGCAGCUCCUCGUCGCGCUGUCGUUGCUGAAACGGAGGCUCCUGAGAGGGCGCGCCAAGGUGAGGCUGUACCGGCCGGACUUCCGCACCGCGUUCGAGCACAUCUGCAUCCACGCGGGCGGGCGCGGCGUGAUCGACGAGGUGCAGGACGGCCUCGGCCUCUCCGACGACGACGUCGAGGCGUCGAGGAUGACGCUGCACAGGUUCGGCAACACGUCCAGCAGCUCGGUCCUGUACGAGCUGGCAUACCUGGAGGCCAAGGGCCGGAUGAAGAAGGACGACAGGGUGUGGAUGAUCUCCUUCGGCGCCGGAUUCGACUGCAACAGCGUCGCGUGGGAGUGCAUCAAGCCAGCCGGCGACGCCGACGGGCCGUGGGCCGACUGCAUCGCCCGCUACCCGGUGCAGCUGCCCGAAAUCGACAAGGACAUGUGAAGGGUUUAACCAACCAUAGCUUCAUCACCUUACUUAGUACAGGCCAAUGAUGUUGAUUUGAUGUAUUGUAUCCAUUAUUGAACCCCGCAAAACUGAUGCCCGUUCUGUAUGAUCUUUCCAUUAAAGAGAAACUAAAAUAUCUGUUAUUUUUGCGAA